GUGGAAGUCAAGCGGAAAUGUAUCAAAACAUCGAAGUGUCAACAAAAACUUUUGGCGGUUUACAGGCAGAAAAGUUUUUAUAUUUUAAUCUAAUUUGUGUCUCACUAUAUUAAUUAUGGAUAUCAGCUAUGAAACUAUGUCGACAAAGCAGUGCUUCAAAUGUAACGAAGAAGCUCUUCUCAACCUAAACAUAUUGUAUGAUUCACCGAGCAAUACAACAAUAUUAUGGAACCAAUUUCAAAUAUUCGUUUAUAGAAACCAAAAAUUCGAGAACCCUGUGAUAAAAUUGAAUUCCAAAUUUGAAAUACAGGACUUGGUGGUCUGGGAGAACUAUUUGACAUGCUUAGAUACCUGCGGCGGAAUCCAUACAAUUAGCAUAAACACUGAAUCCAAAAAAUAUUUUUCCAUAAGUGGUGCUUCAAAUUUUAUAGUGGCCAUAUCACUCAUUGAGAAUAACAUAGCUUUAUGUUUGAAAUACCACUCAAAUUCAUAUUUUCUAUGCUUACAUAUGAUUGCGAAAAAUUUGGAGCUACAGAAUCAAGUAGAACUGUUGCACAGUGAUGCAUUACCAGCUUUACAAACACUUGACAAAUAUGUUUUAGAAUAUGUUAAUCUUCAGUCUAUAAACAAUGAUCAUUUGGAAACUUUGCAAAACAUUUUUGAUACAGAGUAUGUAAAAGUCACAAAGAUGUUUAAGUUGAUAGUAUUAUCUUUUGAUAAAUUAAAUGUUUAUUGUUGUAUAAUAACUUGUGAAAAGUUUCAAUCUGAAGCUAAAUUGGUAAAACUAUAUUCAUGUCCUUCUGAGAUUUCUAACAUAAACAUUAUUGAAUCAGAAAUGAAAGUUGUAAUUACUCUUGCAAUAGGCACAGUUAUUAUUCUAUCCUGGACUGAUCUUAAGACACCUAAAAUAAUUCAUUUGAACAUAGCUAUACACAAAUCCUUAGUUUACAAGGAUUCUAUUAUCUACACUGAUGGCAAAUCUCUCUGGAGAGCAGACAAUAUACUGUCCCAGGACAUUAAACUCAAGCAAUUCUUUGUCAAACAAGUGAAAGAUUUCAUACUGGAGGGAAAUCAGAUUAUUUGUACCACAUUUACAAAUUUAUUAUACACAUUCUAUUUAGACCAUCCAGAGUCUUAUUUAAAGGAUGAGUCCAUUGAGUAUUGUUCUGCAGAGAGGCUGUUGAACACUAAUGCUGAUUAUGUGAAGAAAAUUCUGGAUGAAGUCAGUAAGAAUGAUGUGAUAGCUAAAAAACUGACUACAGAAAGAGAUUACAUUACUGCAUUGUCACUCUCUAACAGACAAGAUGUAAUGGAUAGCAUUAUAAGCCACAAAGUUAUUGUUUACGACAACUAUGAAGAUGCAAUCACAGAAAAUAAAAAAGCCAUCUUAACAAGUAACUUCAGUGAAUAUUUUGAAGAAGAAGCAUUCUUCUUUUUAAUAAAAAUUUCAACGACAACAGAGCAUAAACUGGGAAAUAUAUUAUCCAAUGUUAUUGGAGAUCUAAGACUCCACAUAACACUGUCUACAACUACUAAAGUAAUUAAAACUAUAAGUAUAAAAGUUACAGAAAUCAAGAAAUUAAGUUUCUUAAUACCAUUGAAGAGUAAAGUUAUUGAUUUCACUGAAAUGAAUGUGAAUAUUAAAAUUAUGUCCACAAUACCAGGAGCUUUGGAUGCUAAACAGAAGACAUUUACUAUAUUGUACAGAAAACAUGUAAUAUUACAUUCUGAACAUUUCAUAAAAUUCAACCUGAACUUGAACAGACAGCAGUGCUUGAAAAGCUUUGGAAAUUCAUUACCAAAACUUAUUUUACAAACGGCUAUCAAUAACUUUGGCCAUUUAUUCGAAUUUGACGAUAAAUUGAAGCACAGACCUUCAUCAAAAGAGUGGCUAAUGUAUGUAAGACUACCGGACAAAUACGAAGAAGUAUUCAGAAAAAAAGACAACACUAAUCACCCUACUUCUAAGAAGGUCUCAUACUUUCUCCAACAAUUCACAUCAGAUGAGUUUUUGAAAUCAAAGAGUAAUUUAAUAUUUUCUAUAGGAAAUGAAAAAGUGAAGAUAGAAAUAUAUAAUGAUAGCUUCACUAAUCCUCUACUCAAGUUGUCAAGUGCGAACAUUAAAAUAUUAUCAAAUAUGAGGAAUUUCUUAUCAGACUUGAUUUACUGUGUAUUCGCCAAUUUCGCUCCUGGAAACGAGUUCAUCAACCUGUCUUCUUAUGCUACUAUUGAAGUUAGUAUCAAUUUGCAACUGAACUUUUAUUUUUUAGUUUUAUGGGAUAUACUUCGGGUAGCUGAUGGAUCGCCUGAUGGUAAGCAAGGGCGGCUGCGGAGUUACGGCCUUUAA